CCGCACAAUUCAAAACAAGGCAAAGGGGGUAGUAGUUGUUUGUUUUGGUGUGUUCGGCCUUCUCGCAGCUCUGUUAUUCUGUUAUUCCUGUCAGCAUCAGACACAAGGGUAGUGCCUGUAUGGCGGCGCCGGUGUCCGCUCUACAGGCCGCUCUGGAGCAACUGCGCGCCUCCCGCACGCUGCAGCUGAAACUGGACAGGCCGGUUCGCGCGGCCGUCCUCGCGCUGGGCAGGUGCCUGGCGGACGAGCGGCGCGAGGACAGCUACGAGUACGACGUGACGCUGACCGACGGCGCCGUGCGGGUCACGUGCCGCCUCGCGCCGGACCUGAACCGCCACGUGCACACCAACGCGCUGCGCUGCGGCGCGUGCGUGCUGCUCGCGCAGCUCUCGCUGGUGCACGACGAGCGGAGGCUGGGGCACAGCUGGGUCCGCGUGGACGCCGCGCGCUGCGGCCCCGAGGACGCGGCGGUCUUGCGCUCAGUCACAGACUUGGAUUCACUUCGCUGGUGGUCACGAGACGACACCGGACCCUGCGCGAGCUCGCGGGCGGACCUGCCGCUGCAGAGAAGCAGGAAGCAUUAUUUACCCUUAUGGAACAACGAGGACCCUCACGGGGCGGUGUGGGUCCCCAACACCGCCCCGCCAGACGUAGUGAUUGACGUGUCAAAGCUCUCCCUCCUGGGCGACCUGGACGCCUUCUUCUGCAGCUCCAGACGUCCGCUUCCCCUGCUGGUCAGAGUGCUGCACAAGUCUCGCUUACGCUACUACGGAAAACCUGGACAAAACCUAGACUUCCCAUUUCAGGCAUAUUUUGAGGUAGCGGAUCAGACUGGGGUCAUGUCCAUGGUUCUGUGGAAUGACCUUUGUCCAGAGUGGUAUCAGCGCCUGGCUGUGGGUUCUGUCCUGCACCUCCAGCACUACACACUCAAACGGAGCUACCGGAACCGGUCCAGACCUCAGCUCAGUUACCUGCCACUCCUCACAUUCCAUACCAUAGAGAUCUGUUUGAACCCUCGAAAUCCUUCGGCUGUUGUGACUGUAAUUCCUCCUAAAAGUGUUCAGCCACAGUGGAGUUUACCUGAGGUCACCUUUAAUUUCUGCACCAGAUCCGAGGUCGAGGGCCUGGCCUCUAACCAAGCCUGCGACCUCAUUGGUCUGGUCAUCUAUGUUGGCCGUGUUGAGCGAAUCAGAAACAAGGGAAAUUCAAUCCCUGAGAAGUUCUGGACAUAUCGCUGGAUCCAUGCAGUGGAUGGGACCUCAGACUGCCCCUUUAUCCUGGAGAUCUUCGCCUCCUCCCAGCCUGAAAUCUUCAAUAACAUCUGCCCCAUGACCUACCUCGUGUGCACUCAAAUGCGAGUAUGUCGGGAAGCGGGAUCUUCCCUUUAUCUGACUAGUAGUGCUGAGACUCAGCUUUUCAUCACAGGCUGCCACAGGAAACAGCCGUAUGUGUCAGACCCGAAGGUGAAAGUAUUCAUCCAGUGGACAAAGACCCUGAAGGAAACCACAGUACUGAGGAAGACGAGAGUUGGAGGACAUUACUGCUAUCCCCCGCCCCCACCCACGUAUACACCAUCCACCAGCUCCACCCCCAGCAGAGACUGUGAGGCUCCUCUGUCAUUAAUGGCAGUCGCUGACCUGCAGAGGGAGCUAGCGGGCUUGCAUUAUCGAGAGCACAGGACUGUUGCUAUACAGGGCCACAUCGCUGCGGUGCAGUACCACUCCUGGUCACAGGAGGCGCCUCAGUCUGGCACCAACACUGCACAGCACACACCACGUAAGAUCCAACAGGUGGGGAGUGGCUCUGUGGGUGUGGCCAGAGAGUCUGUCUCAGCCUCUAGUACAGGCCUCAUGGAACACGCAGUGAUGUCAGCGGCGCCCCCUGGUGACAGUACAGCUUCUCCCAAACGCAGGAAAAUCGAUCAAGGAACAAAGCAGACAAGGCUAGCAGAUCUUCAGGAGGAUGAAGACGAUGAGAGCCAGUAUGAUGAUGAUGAUGAGAGUGGAGAAGGACAUUCCAACCUAGCGAGUGUUGAACAGUCACCCCUAACAACAGACAACAGGCAGACAGCAAGUACAGUUGCUCUUGACCCCAGUGCAUCAUGGGAGAGCAGUGUGUGGGCAUUACUGAAACAGAACAUAGUGAACCAUUUUCGCUGUGGCUCUCUGGAUCGAGAGAGUAUGGCAGAAAAGUUCAGCUUCGAUGAUAGAGACGCUCUUCUCUACAGAAUUAACCUUAGCCCGUCGUCAUGGAGCCCGGAUCUUCCAUCAGACACGAUCUUGGACACACACACACCGGUGGACGCAUCAGGAUACUUCACACUCACAAUCCUGGGUCUGAAUCAGCAGGCUGCAGUAAAUGCUGUUUUUGUCCCUGUUUUUUCCUCUGAUGAUCCCCGAGCCGUCGGAAUGCCAGCGCCUGGUCUCCAUGACAACACACUGAUGGCAUUCCUUUCAUUGGGUGGCAUUUGUGCUCAGACCACUGAGACAUUAUUAAGCUCCGCCCCAGCGUUGGAAGGGGUGAAGGUAGUGUGUGUGUUGGACGUGUGUCUGCUGGGUCCAGAGAGGGUCGAAAUCAUCUGCUCUAAAAUCUACCAGACGGCCCACAUCUCAGCCGAUGUCUCUCCCGUGUGAAUCUUCUCUGGUCCCUUAAAAAGCAUUUUUUCUUCCAGAGUUUACUAACCUUGUGUGUUCUUUUGGCAAUUCUGGAGAAAUAAACAUUUAUUUUACUACUUUG